UAAUGGCGGUGUCCAUGACGGACUUGGCACAUUGACUUCCCCUGGAGGUGUGCAGUUUAGCCUGUCUGUAAACUACUCCAGGGACAUUUGUCAAUAGAUGACCUUAAUCGAGAUCCUCGUCGCUGAAAAUCCAGUGAAGUGAAUCGCAGAUCAUGGCACUGCACAGACUGUCCUUCAGACUACGGCAAACGGUAACACAUGUAAGGUCCCUUCACACCAGUGGAUGUGGGCAGCAGCAGGAGGCUGUGGCUGUAGAGUCAGAACCCGAGCCCUUCUCAAUUUUCAGAACACAAGAGAAUGAUCCGGCAUGUCAUUCAGAGAAACAUGUAGGACAGUAUUACACACUGCCCCCUGCACACAUCCACACUCUGUUCCCCAACACCCUCCCUUGGCGCUAUCAACAACAGGUGAAGACGUUUAAUGAAGCCUGUUUGAUGGUGAGGUCGCCAGCUGUAGAAGUCAUCUCUUGUCUGAAGAAAACAGACACCAGCAAACCUGCUGUGCGAUAUUUAUUCUAUGGGUUGAAGGGCAGUGGGAAGACGAUGUCUCUCAUUCACGCAGUCCAUUACUGCUACACACAGGGAUGGAUGGUGCUGCAUAUUCCUGAUGCACACGUCUGGGUGAAGAACUGUAAGGAGCUGCUGCCCUCUUCCUAUAACUCCUCUCGCUUUGAUCAGCCAUUACAAGCCACAGAAUGGUUACGCAACUUCAAAACCACCAAUGAGCACUUCCUUUCAAAGAUAAAGAUAAAGCAGCGCUAUGUGUGGACGAAGAGAGAGUUCACUGAGGAGGGAAGCACACUAGGAGAGCUGGUGGAUCAGGGUAUCACUCGUGUGAAGAGCAGCAGUGAUGUGGUGGGGGCGUUGAUAAAGGAGCUGAGGCUGCAAAGCGGGCAGCCAGAGUCAGACUUCCGGCUGGCGGUGGCUGUGGAUGGAGUCAAUGCCCUGUGGGGAAGAUCCACCAUCAGGAAGGAGGAUAAGAGUCCUGUGGAUCCAGAAGAGCUCACUGUGAUUCAUAACCUGAGGAAGCUGAUGAAGAACGACUGGACUGGAGGCGCCAUCAUCACCACUCUGUCUCAGACUGGGUCUCUCUACACUUCAAAAUCUGCCUACUUGCCUCAUGAGCUGCUGGGAGAGAGUGGCUUUAACAAAAUGGAGCCAUUCAUCCCAGUGUCUGUGCCCAACUACAGCGAGAGGGAGUUUGAGAGCUGUUACCUCUACUUUAUGGACCGCCACUGGCUGCAGCAUCCACAGAGUCAAACAGAGGAAGGGAAGAAAGAAAUCAUCUUUUUGAGCAACAGAAAUCCAUCAAUGUUGGACAGAAUUUGUGCGUUCCUGUGAAGUCACAUAUGACUUAAAUCACACACAAUUAUCAAUGUCCUAGAAAUAAAUAAACAAACAAAUGUCCAUGUCUAUAAUAUGUACCCCUCUGUAAAUUAUGAUGCAUGUGUGUUACUUUGAUAAUAAAAUGUUGA